GUUGAUGAAAGUGUGUGCAGAAGCGGAGGAAGCCCCGGUGCGCCUCGUUUGUUUUUUCCUGCGCUCACAUCGUUAGGUUUUACUGCGGACGCACGCGACUGUCACAACAUCAAAGCACCGAGGAAAGUUUACUCCAAGUCUCCGGGUGUGUGUGUGUGUGCGCGUGUGUGUUGGAUCUCAUGUGUGUGCUCAGUCUGUCUGCCUUAAUAGUGACCCCCCAGCGCGGUGUUUAAAGGGAAGACAAGAGAGCUGAGUCAACGAAUCGCAGGCAGAAGGAUGCAACAGUUCAUGUGCGCAGCUUGCACUUUUCUUGCGAUUGGACGCAGUUGGAGGAUGUGGAUGAAAAGAUCGGGAACCCUCAUCUAUUAGACACAAUCCUGAGAUAAACAGGAAAGAUCGACGCGUGAAAAGCAUACUCUGUCCACUUGUUUCUCAGCCUAUAAUGGACAUUUAGACACUUUGGAGGGACUUCAUGCUCUGCUGGAAUGAAGUGGCAGUGGGGGUUCGGCGGUGAGUAGCAGUCUGAUCUGCACCCAACAUGCAUCGCAUUCUGCAGAGGAGGAGAGUGCGCAAGCUGCGGGUCUUCUGGGCUUCUCUGGCCCUGGUGGCUCUGUCCCUGGCCGCCUGCAGCGCGCUGUUCACGGCGUGGACUUGGAGACAAACGCGGGACCUGUCUCAGUCCUUCAAGAUCCUGCAGGACCGAAUAGAGCAGGUUAACACACAGAGGAAGGCCAUUGUUCAGCUCAUUCUGGAGAAGAGAGAGCUGCUGGUCGGGCACAGAGUGAAAAGAAACGGGGGGGCGCUGCGAGGGAGGAAUGGAAAUGGAAAGAAAGCGGCGUCUCAUUUCGAGAUAACCAAAGUCUCCUCUCAGCAAGUGGGAGAAGGUGGUGUGAUAAAGGGUUGGGAAGAGAGGACCUUGAAUAUGACUAAAGCGGUGAAGUACAACAAGGAACUCGGCAUCUUCACUGUGGAGAAAGCGGGCGUCUACUUCCUGUUCUGCCAGGUGCUGUUCAACGAGCAGCAGUCUCAGUAUGUGAAGCUGGACGUGGUGACCAGCGGCCAGAGGCCUCAGAAGCUGCAGUGCAUCGAGGGCUACGGGACGACCCCUUCCGCCGGGCCCCACCCUUUCCACUUCCUGAAGCCGUGCCAGGUGUCCGGCCUGCUCCGAUUGGACAAGGGCACGGAGCUGCAGGCUAUCACAGGCUCUGCAUUCAGACUCCACUCUCUGGGCAAUCCCUCCGCCUCGCCUCACAUCUUCAGCAUCUUCAAAGUCAACUGAACUUUGGAUCUUGUUCACACUAACUCAGAGGUUUUUGUACGGAUGACAUUUGGUCCGGGGCAUCCCAUCACGCCGCUGCCUCUUUCCAAAGACCGUCAUUUGAAAGACAAACAUUUGUGGAAGUUGUUCUGGACAUUUUUUCUCUUGACAGCUGUGCUGUUUUUCGAAUGCAAAACGCAGACUUUUGGAUUAAAACCAAAACCAGAAGAAGGUUGAAAUUCCUCAAUGCAAGUCUGCCGAGAGAACAGAUGUGAUGGAAGCCGAUCUGUAGAUUGAGCGCUUUAUAUAAACAGAAAAAACAAGAUGUUCUUCGUAGCCUUUGUAUCAAUUAAUUAAUUGUGCUUUUUUUUUUAUAAGACUGACAGUAAAGCUGUGCAUGCACCUUCCACUUUUAUAUCAACGGUGCCUCGGGAAGCUGAGCGCACGAGUCGGAUCUCGACACUAUAAGUCAGCGUCUGUGUAUGAAAUCUAAUUAAUCAAACAAGUAUACUGAUUUUAUGACUUUAACAAUGCAAUGUGUGUUCUUGAAAUACUUUGUAUAUACUUCACUCAUAUUUUACUUGUUUUUAAUAACGUGGAUGUGAAUUUGUGCUCUUUCCUAAGGUCAAAUCUGAUUGUAUGUAUUUGUGUGUAUAGCGUUGGCUUGACUUUUUGAAAGUACUUUUAGUAAGCAAAGCAUACAGGUUUAAAUGACCUUCAGCCUUUGUUCUCUGUUUGAUGGUGCAAUUGCCAUCACUUCCAAACUUUCUUGCAAAUCAUCAGAUAAUUGUUAAUUUACCCUUAGAAGUCAGUGAUUCAAAAGUAUUGGAAAGGCCCUCAUAUGGUGAAAGUAAAUAAGAAAUAUAAAACGUUUCUUUUAAAAAGGACUGUUUUUGACCUUCAAUGACUCAAAUAAAAAAGUCAGAAAGGAAACUUUUAGAUUUGGGAAAUUACUUUUUAUCUGGUUUACAUAUUGAAAACAUUCUGAUGUUCGAUUGACGGUCAAAUGGGAAAUGAAAUCCAAUAUUUAUUUACAUUAAGCGUCUAAUUUUGGUUCUCAGUCAGAUUGUAACUUCUUUAUUUUGUACCUCUUUUUUAGAUUGAAACUCAUUCCAUUUAUCAUAUGCUGCUGCUUUCUGUAAUAUUCCCUGCUUUUAUACAAACAGUGUGUAUUUCUAGAAGUGGGUUCAGCACUCCCACUCUUGUUUAUAAGUAGUUUUUGUGGACGGACCGCAUUGGUUUCUCCUCAGCACUUUACUGCAGCGAACGUAGUGUUUUUAAUUGGAGCCAAAAAUGUGUGUUUUCAGAUGGAAAAAUGUCAGAUUUUGAAAUGUAGACGUUAUAUCCUGUUUCUUUUCCUCAUCGUUUUCCUCUUCCCUUUUUAAUCUCACUCGUCCUCCCUACACCUCAUAUCUCCCUGACAGCACGAUAAGACCGCACACACACACACACACACACACACACACACACACACACACACACACACACACACACACACACACACACACACACACACACACAGAAUCCCCUGAGUGUCCUCUGCAAACAGCAGCCAUCUAAAUUUUCACUUCCUGAAUCUGAACCUGACCACAUAGCUGAAGGUCUUUGAGGAAAAACAUGCCUCGUCCCCACACACACACACACACACACACACACACACACACACACACACACACACACACACACACACACGCACAGUAUUACACACUUCCCUGACCCGAUUCCUAUUUUUUAAAUGUCAAAGUUUAUUAUCGCGUUGUUGUGAAGUCUUGUGAAGAAGUUCUUUCUAAAAUGAUGAUAUAUGCAAUGUGUGGGCGUUCUUUUCUUCUUAACUCACUUGUCAUAAAAGUUGAAUAAACCUUUUUGUUUAUUUUGGA